GUUCUUGUGCUGAUCACGACUUUGUUGUACUUUUCUUGUUGUCUCUAGUUGUUGAUUGAAAACAAUUCGAUAUUGCAACUUUGUACACCGCAAUUAUUCGGAGAAAUGUUGGAGCAGACUUUGAUGGACGAAGACAAGGAUUUGUUGCUUGCCCUACUACGUGGAGUCUCAGUGAAUUGGCACAAUGAAGAUUUUGAAGUGCUCUUGAGCUAUUUUCAUUGUCUUGUGCAAAAGUUGCAGGGACCCUUGAAUCCUAUCGUCGUGGAAGAACUUCAAAGUUUGGGUCAGUAUUUAUCCCAGAAGAGUAUUGAGCAACAGAAGGUAUUGGCAACUGUCUUGCCGUUUCGUUCUUUGUGUAUCCAAACUGCAGAUGCUGAGGAAUUUUAUCCACGCUUUUUAGCAAUAUUUUUGAAAAGUUGUGUAUUAUCCAAGUCAUAUUCCGUUGGUAGCAGGUUUAUGGAACACAGAAAAUUGAUAUUGAAACUAGAAGAGAAUGCUGUGGACCCUUGUGAUGUUUUGUUGACUUAUUAUUAUGCGGCUGUUAUUCAAGUGGGAGUGAAAGACUAUCUGAAAGCUUUGCAGUGUUUGAAGUUGGUCUUUUCUGUUCCAUCCAACGUAGUUUCUGAUUUGGCAGUGGAUGCUUAUAAGAAAUAUGUCUUGGUUUCAUUAAUAGCAAAAGGAAAUGUGGAGCCAUUAGCCAAGUUUUCAGGUUUGUUUAUUCAACGACAACUCAAAAAUUACUGUCCCGAGUAUUUAGCUCUUGCGAAAGAAUUUGCGCAAAGAGAUGCCACACAACUACGACAAGUGAUGGAAAACUACAAACUAGUCUUUAUCAACGACCUGCAUUGGGGAUUGGUAAAAGAGACUUUCAAGGCAUUGUUAAGAAGCAACAUUAAAAAUUUGACGCGUACUUUCCUGACAUUAUCCUUGGAAGAUAUUGCAACAAAGGCAAGCUUAACGGAUUCGAAGGAAGCAGAAAGAAUGUUGCGUUCCAUGGUAUAUCAGCAAGAGAUUUCAGCAGUGAUUGACCAACGUGCACAAAUGGUUCGUUUUGAAUCGAAGAAUGGCUUCAAAGCUUCGGGGAAAUCCAAUACGAAGACAGCUUCAGCAGUAUUUGCCGAGACGAAUCGAUGCCUUGAUUUAUAUAAUCAACUUUUUCAGUUUUAUCAAAAUCUAUUGACAGAUCCCCAAUACAUGUUUCGUGAACAUUCACAAGAUGGAGAAGAGAUGUUGGAUCACUCAUUUUGUUAGAAUUGCAUGGAAUUACAUAGUCUUGGGCAUAUGUCAAUAGAUAUAUAGAAAUAUUGAAGAAAAAUAAUUCCAACGAAAAGAAAGAGAAAAUGAUUGAAGAUGGUCAAUGCCAAAGAUGAUUUCUGUAU